UGUAUAUACUCUAUGAUUUACACGGUAGCUCCUUCCAAGAUGGCCGUCACCAACGGAGGGCGACUGUUUGCUGGUAUUUGCACUGCAUAUGUUAGAGGAGUCAUAGGAUGCCUGACUACGCCAAGCAUAUCAAUCCAAAUGCGUGGAUAUGCGGCACGACCAGGAACACGGUCGAAAGCACGUCAAACCAAGGCGAAGCAGGAGGUAAAAAAAGCCUCCAACGUCAUUCCUCCUCAUAUGCGAAAGUCUAAUAAAGGACCUCCCCGUAGUAGGCGAAUACCGGAUAUGAAUAAAACGCCACCAGUAGAUGAUGUCUGGGUGGCCAAAUACCACUUGUUGCGAUUAUUUCCCCUUACCGAAGCGAUACAGUGCCACAAAGAAACACAUCACCCAACCACUCUGGAUUCUCUUGACUCAGCACUUAUAGUCCAUCUAGAACUUGACAUGAAGGGUGUGAAAAAGACGAAAUUCAUUGAAAAGUUUAAUGGCACCCUCCAUAUGCCAUAUCAAUUCCGACUGGAAGAGGAUAGAACUAUACUUGCUUUAUGCAAGGGGGAAGCUAUUCAACGAGAGGCUACUGAAGCUGGAGCUACAUUAGUUGGUGGGAGUGAAAUAAUUAAACAAAUCCUGACUGGAACGAUUUCUUUAAGCGAUUACACCACGCUGGUUGCCCAUCCAAAUAUUCUCCCUGAGUUAACGGCUCUAAGAGGUUUACUAAAAAAAAGGUUUCCAAGUAUAAAAGAUGGCAAUCUUAAUCCAGACAUCGCAGUUGCUGUGCGAAGAUUUAAAGAAGGUGUAAUGUAUAAUGCAGUGAAAGACAACGUGGAACCGGACUUUGGAACGAUAGAUACCCCCAUUGGGACACUUGAAAUGGAUACGAAGCAACUGGAAGAGAACUUUUCGGCGCUUGUGACUGACAUCGAAAAGAGAAACCCCGUAUCUGCUCACUCUUUCAUUACAAAAGCUUUUCUCAUCUGUCCACCAUAUCCGGAAAGGCUCAAAGUAGACUUUGAACGGUACAUCGUCAAGUCAAUUGUCGAUAAUACCGCUGAUGAAUCUGAUGACGAACAAUCAAAUACCGCAACUGCAUCGAAUUGAUAAUUUAUCCAAGGGCUUUGGUUUGUAGAGAA